AUGGUCCUGGAUGCAUCCAUCGCUGUGAUUGUCAAAAUGGGGCGACAUGCGAUACUCGCACCGCUAUGUGAAAUGGGUUUCACGGGGAAACUUUGCGAUCAAGAAUGUCGACCAUAUACAUUUGGUUUCUAUUGCGCUCAAACGUGUAACUGUUCAGCGGAAACAUCCAAUGGAUGUGAUCCGCAGACAGGUCGAUGCCGAUGUAAAGCGGGAUAUUCGGGUGACAAUUGUGAGAGAGGUUCGUCAUUGUCAUUCACGGAAGAGAGAAGAAUGGCCUUUUUUGACACUCGUCUCAUUCUAGCCUGUGCCUCGGGUCGAUGGGGUGGACAUUGUUUGAACCAAUGUGAUUGUCAAGGAAAUCCUUGUCAUCCUCAGAAUGGCACAUGUCAAUGUCCAGCGGGUCGAACAGAUUGUCCCAGCAAUACAUUUGGUAUCGGCUGUCAGCCGUGUUCCUGUGCGUCAUUUCAAACAUGCGAUGUCAUCACGGGCGAAUGUCAAUGUCCUGCCGGGUCGAAAGGCGAUGCUUGUCAAUUUCCACUGACGGCCAAUGGAUUAGAUUUGCGUGAAUUACCUUCGGGACAUUUCAUCGGCAGAGGAAGACCAUGA